GUAUUAUCAGAGCGUCCACGAACUAUCACCAUGUCGAGCCAGGCAGCUCUAGAAUUUAUAUGUUCCCUCGAACUCGACGAGUCUCUGACUCCUGAUUCAUCUCAGGGCAAAGUUGUUGCUGGUAGUCUUGCUUCCUUUACCCAUAACCUGAGCGGUCAACAGUUGGAAGACGUCCAAAACUCCACUUUGUUUGCACAGCUGGCGGCAACCAAGAAGUACCCCAAAAAGGAGCAGGCUACAGACUGGUACGAGUUUUACGGUUACGUACUGGGAAAGCUAGGCUGGAUUUUGCAAGGUUUCAGCUUCGACGAGUACAAAUCUAGUGCUGAUUCCUUCAAGUUAUCCGAGGUGACUUUGGAGCUUUUGAGCGCAAUGAUUGGUGAAGACAAGCAACUUGUGUCAGUCGUAAAGGACACCUUGGAUAGCUUAAAGAAGUCGCCAGAGGGCCUAACUCUGUUCAAUAAGAAUAGUACAUCAAGCAAUAAUGGUCGCUUCCAAAUCCUGCCAUGCACAGUUACCAAUGGUCAGGUCAGCCUUGCUUUCAUUGGUGCCUAUUUUAAAGCCAAUAAGGUAUCGAGCGACUACUUUUUCUUCUCUUACAACUUUCAAGAAAUACAAUUGCACAAGUCAACUCAAGUCUUCACCCUAAACGAAGAUGUGUACAUGCAAGUUCGCCAAGGCGUCAUCAACAGGUUGGGCAAACGCGCUAAAGAUUUUGUCCACAAUCUGGAUAUCUAGACUCUUAAAAUGAGCUGCGAACUGAACAUUGCUUUGAACAUUGCAGCAGGUCAAGUUUAGCGAUAUCGUCUUGUUUUCAUUUUUUCCUGGUUUUGUUUUUUUCGUUUUUUAAGGAGCUAAAUGUACGUAGAGGAAAGAGACUUGCUUUCAUGCAAAAUCAAUACUUUGGCUUUUAGCUUUUUUUCCAGUUUGAGUAACGCUUUAUUAUCGAUAUCAUCAGUAAUGUUAACUUACUUCUGUAAGGUUUCCAUAUAUAGUCCCUGAGGAAACUGCUCAUGAUGUACCGUGCAAUCACUGUGG